AUGAGCUCUCCUGCAGUUACAACUAGAACUCUUUAUCCAUCUUCUUACAGCCAGGACCCCUCUAGCUCUUCUACAAGCUCCGUGAGGGUCCCAACAACUAUCACUCAUCUGGUGACAAAGACAUUGGCAUCUGAUAUUCCUUCAAGUGUUCCAUUGAAUGAUUUUAGUGCUGGAUCAAGAACCACUUCCGCGACUACUCUUGGUCUGGCAAUUGGUCUUCCGGUGGGACUUUUUUGUCUGGGUCUAGUGAUAUUUUUGUUUUAUUUCUAUUGGAAGGAUACGAGAAUCGAUUUGGAAACACCCAAGAUUGGGGCCGGAGGUACUUUUAAGCAGCCAGAUGAAAAAGGUUGGCUCUCCAAUAUUUUAUAUGGUAGCGAAAAUGUUGAUGACAAUGAUAGCUAUUUGAACGUGAAGCGGCUACCUUCGAUGUCUUCAAGGAUUCAGUAUAAGAUUUCGAAGCCAAUUCCUCAGCACAUAUUAACACCAAAGGCUCCGAUCUGCAAGGAACCAGCGCAUUCUAUGGAAGUUAGUGAUGACGUCGAUGCACUUUUGUAUACGAAGCCUCCAAACAUAUAUCACAUAGACUCCAAGAUGCCUUCAACAAACAGUCUCGGAGGUCAGCAGUCUUUGCCAUCAGUACGGGCUGGUACAUGCUCUGAUAAGCCGAUUCGGAAAUGGAACUAUCAGUCCCCGCUAUCGAGAUGGUUUCUCCGAAGUUCCACCUAUUUGCAAGAUGGUUUUGCGCUAUCGGGUGCGAUAAAGACACCUACUGUUCAAUUGAAACAGUUGAAGAUUUUAUCACGGAUCCACAAGGAUUACGCAGAUUCUUCACAGUUUCUCUUCGAUGAAAAAUCUCCAAUCUUAGAUAGCACUGGUGGAUCGAGCGAAUCUCCAGAAAGUGUGGAGCCCAGUGGUAUGAUAAAUGAUGUGAAAGUGCUGACACCUUCAUCGGUGGUUUAUGGCACUAUUGAUCCGCAGGUUUUUGAAGUCGGAGACGAAAGCUGGCCAAACGUCAGGCCUCUGGAGCUAAAUCCAGUUCCCAGUAACAUAAAUAAAGCAGGAAAAAAGAGGAAAGGGAGACGUCAUAGCAGGCUGCGAAAACACUUGGAGCAGAUCUCAGAUGUGAAACCAUUACCAAAUGUACCGAAAUCAACGAAAGGGAGUGACGAUAGACUUCGCGUGGGGUACGUUUACAAGAUAAUUCAAGAUUAUAACGCCAGGCUCGCCGAUGAGAUCCACAUUAAAGUGGGUGAUUAUGCAAAAGUGCUUGCUACUCACACAGAUGGCUGGUGCCUUGUUGAAAAAUGUACAGCAGAGGACCAAAGUGGUUCACAAAGCCUACAAGAGAAAAGUGUUAAUGAUAAGGGGUAUUUGAAUGAUGACAGAGGGAUAAUUCCAGGUGACUGUCUGGAGUAA